AUGUCGCCCAUAACGACCCAUCCGCAGUCCUCGUGCAACCUCACCUCCUCACAAGACGGCGUAUGCGGCUGCCCAUCAUUCUGGUCUCCCUCCACCACAACUCGUACUACCACUCCCUCACCACCUCCGACGCAAGAAGCCUCAACGCCCCCGGGCUCACCCCGCGAGACCUGUUUCUUCUGGUACCACAACACAUGUCGGCGCGGCGCACAGUGCCAGCUUGCUCACGAGGUGCAUGUGACCUGGCCGAUACCUGUGCCGCCGAGAUAUGUGCACUACGAGAAAUAUAUGGAAAAGGGCGGAGAGGUUGACGUGUUGGAAGGGUUGAUUGACCCGAGUAGUCGGGCAAUGGAUGGGGAGUAUAGUGAGAGCGGCUCAGAGGUGAGUUCGUAUUCACCACGGGAAAACUCAACCUUGUGCUCAACCGAGACUAUCGAUCGAGCACUUCCCUCUCCACCUGCCUCCAACCACGAACCGCCACUGAGUCGCCCACGCACCAUGUCCAAACGCAAACGCGUCCCGUCUUUGACCAAGCGCACCAUGGCCAGCCCAAUUUCCUCAUCCACCCCAUCCGGCCCUUGUAUCCCAACUGGCCCCCGCAGCUCCCUCGUCCGCACUGUCCCCGCGCGCCCCGGCGCCGACAAACAAAUCUGCUUCAACUGGUACCACUCGCAGCCGUGUCCGCGGCAGCGCAAGAACAAAUGCACCUACACGCACUACAUCAGCAAACAUGGCGGGGAAGUGAGUCUGCCACUGGGGAUCAGGGCGCAUAAGGGGUGCGUGUUAGAGCUUUGUCCGCUACGUUCUGUGCCAGCGGAGAAGGUCGUGGAGGUUGCGAGUGUUCCGAAGGCUCCCAAGGCCGCAAGGGUAGAAGAAGUUGAACAGGUCAAUAUAGUCGGCCGUGGCGGGAAAAGCUGGCUCGAAAAGCGCGGCCGGACUGGUGGCGAGACGGAGCAAGAGAUUAUGGAGAUGAGGCGCAGGAUCAAGAGUGAUGCCAGGGAUAGGCGGGAGAGGAGGAGGUUGGAGAAGAAGUCGAAGGAGGGGAGGUUGGAUUAUGGGGAUGAGGUCGAGGGAAAGCAGGAGGUGGGUAUCAAGCAGAGUAAGUCUUCCCGAGUCAGUCGGCGGGAUUUAUCGAUGAGGAAGAAGGAGCAGCCGCGGGUUUUGGUGGAUUAUGAGUUGCCGGAAGGGGAGGAGCGCUUGGAGUGGGAUACGGAUCUUGUGAGGAGGAUUUUUGGGGAGAUUGAGUGA